UCAGGAGUAUAAAUUGAAUGUAGCGAUUUUUUUCCAUGAAAUUUCCUUGGAAAUUCUGAAGAUGAGAGCGGUAUUAGUUGCAUUGCUACUUGGGCUUACGGCCGUUUUGGCAUACCCUGCCAAUAAUGACCUCGGCGAUUAUAUUGACGAGUGGGUCUUGGUACCUGAUGUCAACUACAACAUGCAUCUCAUCAGUGUUCGAGACGCAGCAUUCCAAGAGGCUUUGACCAAUCGAGCAGACUUUAAGGUUGACUUCAUCUUAUUCACCAAGGAUAAUCCCAAAGUCGGUCAGUAUGUCACCAGUGGUGAUGCUGACUCUUUGAAAAAUUCGAACUUCAACCCAAAAAAUCCAACUCGUUUCCUCACUCACGGCUGGAAUGGAAAUAAGAAUGCACAAGAGAAUGCUUGGAUCCGUGACAAAUAUCUAGCUCGUGGAGAAUACAACAUUUUCGUUGUCGAUUGGGAAGGUGGAGCGAAAGCUGGCUACCUUGCCGCCAGUAAAAAUACGAAAGAUGCCGGUGAACAGCUUGCUAACUUCGUUGACUUUUUGAAUGAGGAAACUGGUAUGAGUUUCAACACUCUCUACCUGAUUGGUCACAGUUUGGGUUCUCACGUUGUCGGUUAUGCCGGAAAGUAUGUUACUCGGGGAAAGGUUAACACCAUCUUUGGAUUGGAUCCUGCUCUCCCAUUGUUCGCCUAUGAUAAACCUGAGCAACGUUUGGCAGUUGGUGAUGCUCUGUAUGUUGAAUCUAUUCAAACCAAUGGAGGAAUGUUAGGUUAUGACAAACCCAUUGGUGAUGCCGCAUUCUUUCCCAAUUGGGGAAGGAAACAACCUGGUUGUACUGAUGUGACUGGUGGAUGUUCACAUACUAGAUCAUGCCAAUAUUUCGCUGAGUCUCUGGAUAAGGUGGAUGAGUUUGUUGCUGAACAAUGUCGAAAUUAUGAUGACAUUCUUGAUGAAAAUUGUCAACCAACCGGAGAAAUCGCAAAGUUGGGAGGUGAACCUUCCAAUCAAGGAAAGGGUGUAGCUGGUGUAUUUUACUUACCAACUAACUCUGCUGCGCCUUACGCAAAGGGAGCUAGUUGGAUUCAUUUGUAGAAAAUUGAGAAAUAAAGACUUUUGCUUGGA